AGGUUGAUGGGUUCGUUGAUGGAUGGUUGCUGAGCUUGAGGUGCAGUCGCGUCGAGCUGGAACCUUGAGCUCUGAUCGCUAAGGCAGAAACUUGUUGUACUGACUAGGACAUAGCGAUCUUAUCGCGCUUGAUAUCGCAACGAAUGGCCGCAACCACGCCCCGACUUUUAGAAUGUCUGGUUUGGUAGAUUAUGGGAGUAGUGAUGAGGAAGAUGAAGUUGAGGUGGAGCAGGUUCCUGAGAAAGAAGUGAAGGCGGCUGAACUACCUUCAGACUCACAAUUAGACCAUAAACAUUCGGAGAAAGAUUCAAAUACGAAAAACAACCAUGCACCACAACCAGAACCGCUGGAAGCCCCCACUGAACCUCAAAUUCAGCCAGACGCCCCAAUUAUUGGAGCUGCCCUUAGACCAACAGCGGCAGACUCAACAGCGUCGCUUCCCGAAGACACAGAUGAUACUACACCUCGCUCACCUUACUCGGUCAGCCGAGCGCUGUUGCGCGACCUGACCAUGCCGCCUGUCCCAAACUUCGAUAUCCCGCCCUCGCCUCCAGGCUCGCCGCCUCCUACCACGGAGAAGAAAUUCGCCCACUUCCUUCAGCUAAAGAAGCAGGGGACACACUUUAAUGAGAGGCUGGCGAACUCUUCGGCGUUGAAGAACCCGAGCCUCAUGCAGAAGCUCAUGGAUUUUGCGGACGUCAGCGAGGAAGACCAGUACGCUACGACGUUACCAAAGGAUGUAUGGGAUCCGAGUGGGUUUCCCAAAUGGGCUUACAAAGACGAGCUAGCGAAGAGCCAGCAGCAGGUCCUCAAGCGGGAAGAGGAGGAGAAACUAGGAGGACCGAGAGAGUUCGUUCCUGCGUCAGGGUCAGGAGAAUCCGGCCGUUCUGCAACGCCCUGCGCAGCGCCGAGAGGGGCGCCGAUGAGCGCCGCGGAGAGAGUUAUGGCGGGACUCGACCGCGGAAAGUCGAAUUCGCCACAGGUAGCGGGUACGAAGAGGAAGUCACGGUUUGAAAGCUGAGCGACGGUCAUCGGAGUGGAAGUGACUUUGAGAUGAGAAAUACCUUUUGGCACCUCUGUGUCACGAGAUUCGUGGAGACAGCCAUGGCAGUCGUGCCAAAACAUUGGGUGGCUAUUAUACAAAUAGAAGAAGCUUAUCCCAGCCGUUGAAAUACAUCACAUAUAUUUCUUGUGCC